AUGGUGGACCUGCUCUUCGAUUACACCUACAACUUGGGUGAAGCCGAGCUGGCCAGCGACCAAGACAUCGAAGUGAAGACCCGCUUCGAAACCACCGAGGAUCAAUACGACAUUGCAGCAGGAGCUUCAGGGACCAUUGUGAAGAGAAAAAACUACGGAGCAGUUUACGAAGGAAGCAAAGUCUUCGUGCACUUCUAUGGUGACGAGAUUAAGAUCAACAACCUGUCUCGGAGUGGAGCAAAUUUAAACGAGUCGCCGCGGAUUACAGAUGGCAAAGGCAAGGAGUGGAUGCACAAGAUUCCCAUCGAGAAGAACUCCUUGGCUCAAGCAGGAGCUGAUAAAGAUCAGUGGCAGGUUGAACUGAAGCGAUUUCUCAGGCUAAAAAUGGCCGCAACGGGACCGUGA